AUGGCGUUGGCUGCUCAGAGAAUCCACACAGGGGACAGGCCCUAUGAAUGCACUGAGUGUGGGAAAACCUUCAAUCACAGUUCGUACCUUAUUAGUCAUCAAACAAUCCACAGAGGAGAGAGGCCCUAUGAAUGCCUUGAGUGUGGGAAACGCUUCACUAGCAGCUCAAACCUUUCUAAACAUCAGAGAAUCCACACAGGGGAAAGGCCCUAUGAAUGCCGUGAGUGUAGGAAAACCUUCAAUCGCAUUUCACACCUUAUUAGGCAUCAAACAAUCCACAGAGGAGAGAGGCCCUAUGAAUGCCGUGAGUGUCGGAAAUGCUUCACUAGCAGCUCGGCCCUUUCUGUUCAUCAGAGAAUCCACACAGGGGAGAGGCCCUUUGAAUGCCCUGAGUGUGGGAAACGCUUCACUAGCAGCUCAAACCUUUCUCAACAUCAGAGAAUCCACACAGGGGAGAGGCCCUUUGAAUGCAGGGAGUGUGGGAAAAGCUUCACUAGCAGCUCAAACCUUUCUCAACAUCAGAGAAUCCACACAGGGGAGAGGCCCUUUGAAUGCCGUGAGUGUGGGAGAAGCUUCACUCAAAGAUCAGUCCUUUCUAGACAUCAGAGAAUCCACACAGGGGACAGGCCCUAUGAAUGCACUGAAUGUGGGAAAACCUUC